AUACCUACCAUGCAGCUGCGAGCAGCGUCGCCGUGACUCAGUGAAGCCGUGUGGGAGGAGUUAAAGUAAGAUGGCUGCGGGAGAAGGAAGAGUGUUUGAGAAAUCAUCAAAUGGGAUGUUUAUCUGUCGCUAGCAGGAUGCGCAGCUGCCCCGAAGAAGGAGUGGUUAGUCUGUUAGCGUCGCCGGGUCGGUGUGGAGCAGUCCGCCGGUUGUCUCUGCGCUGCGUUCGUGUCCGUCAGCCGUCCGUUGCUCUGACAUUGUGGAAUUCAUCAACGGCUAGGCGUUAGCAGGCAGCUAAGCUAUCCGAGGAAAUCUGCUCCUCUUUCUACAGCUGCCGAGACUCCUGCACGUAAACAAGAGAGGUGUACCCGUCCUGACCGGCUAUGGAGUGGUGCUGGCUUCAGACUGGAUGACAGCGUCCACCGGGAGGACAAGAAAGCAAAGUUUCUAAAUCAGCAACACCCUUCCCUUUGGAGUUGGCUGAUCGGCAGUGACAGCUCGUUCAAGCGUCGUCCUUUUUCUCUGAUUGGGAUCGCCUCUCCUCCCCUCUCCGUCCCUCUUCCCUUUCUUUUUUCCUUUAUAUUUGUCCAUAUCUUCUCCUUUAGUUCCCCUCCUGAGCUCUUGCUUUCUGUCCUGGGCGCUUUUGUGUCUGGACUCAGAAGUUCCCUUUUUGCUUUUUUUUUUUGUUUGUUUUGUUUUGUUUUCUUUCCCCCCCAUCCCUCCCUGGUGUUUGAGUCUGUGAGACCUUUCACCUGCCUCCCGCCGGGUUCGGAAUGAGCUGGCUUAGCAGGUUGAACCCACGGUCCGGCCGCAGCGCCGUCGCCUCCGCCGCCCCCUCCAGCCCGUGCACUGCCGACCCGGAGACCUGCCUGAUGGUGUUUGAGAACCACUGGAGACAGGUCUCUUGGGUUUUGGAUCAGCGAGAAACGUCAUCCUCCAGCGACGACCUGACUGCGGUGCGAAACAACACCGACCAGAUGUUGUGUCUGCUGGCGGAGGAGCGUCCCGCCGAGAGCACAGAGGGCGGCUCUUGCGUGGCGCCCAUGGGCCCCAUCCUGGAGCUGGUCGUCACGGAGAACAUCCUGGAGCGCCUGGUUCAAUGGCACCUCUGGCGCGGCCUGGACCCGGACAGCCAGGGGGCCCUGCUCAAACUGUUCGAGAUGCUCAUCGGCCAGUCCCAGCAGCCUCUGCUGCAGCACACAGCUGUUCUCCACCCCCUGCUGAGGCUGCUGGGAGCAUGCGCCGACCCAGAACUCGGCUGUCCCCCGGCCUUGGAGAACAGCCUAGUACUGCUGCUUAAUCAGGUUUGCGUGUCCAUGGCCCGGCAGCCGGUGGUCCUAGAGAUGCUGUUCCAGGCUGCGCCGGCCCAACAGGGCUCCACCAACCUGCUGAUCUUCUCCCUCCUCGUGCCGUUCAUCCACCGGGACGGAGCCAUUGGCCAGCAGGCCCGAGAUGCGCUGCUGCUGGUGAUGGCGGCCUCGGCCAGUCACGAGGCAGUGGCGCGACACAUCGCCGAAAACUCCUAUUUCUGCCCGGUGUUGGCGACGGGGCUCAGCGCCCUCUACUCCUCUCUGCCCAGGAAAAUCGAGGUCCGUGGAGACGACUGGCAUUCUCUGCGGCGGGAGGACUGGAUGGGCGUGUCGUCUCUCGUGCUUUUCAUGAACUCCUUGGAGUUCUGCAACGCCGUGGUGCAGGUGGCACACCCCCUGGUCCGCUCUCAGCUCCUGGAUUACCUCCACAACGGCUUCCUCGUCCCCGUCAUGGGCCCCGCCCUGCACAAGUCGUCGGUGGACGAGAUGAUCGCCAGCACCGCCUACCUGGAUCUUUUCUUGCGCAGCAUAACGGAAACAUCGCUCCUCAAAACCUUCCUGCGCUUCAUCCUGCUGCAUCGCCAUGACAAUGACACCAUCCUGGACACGCUGCUCACGCGCAUAAGCAGCAAUUCAAGGCUUUGCAUGGUCUCAUUGAGUCUGUUCAGGACUCUCCUGUCCCUGCAUUGUGAGGACAUCAUGCUGCAGCUUGUUCUCAGGUAUCUUUUGCCCUGCACCCAUGUAAUGCUGAGUCAGCGUCGUGCCAUCAGGGAGACGGACAUGUACGGAAAGUCGGCGAACAAGUUCCUGUCUCUGAUCCCGGAGUGCUGUCGGCUGAACGCAUCGAGCUCCACCGAUCGCGACGACGACAAUCCAUUCUGGGGCAAAGUCAUGAACAAUCCAAGCACUGAAGCUCCAGCUCCACCCAGACCCAGCACCCCGUCCCGCUUGUCGUUCUUCAUGCGGCAGCAGAGCAGCAGUGGCGGCGGCGGAUCGGGAGGAGGGGGCUCAUCUAACCUUCCCGCCGUGGAUCCGCUGCACCCUGGUCCAUCCGGGUCCCACGCUCUGUCCCCGGACAGUCCCAUGCACCAGCAGCAAACCCACACAGAGUGUCUGGAGUGGGACGCGGGGUACCUGGAGUACCUCAAGGACGCGCGUCGGGAAAUCGAGCAUUGCGCCUGGUCCUGCCGUGAUUGGUCCGCACCUUACGACGGAGAAAACCCUUCCCCGAACGCAGCCCCUUCGCCUCCACCUCCCCCCACCUCCAACGCCUCCAUAGCCAUGUUCCCAGAGCAUUUCUCCUUCCAGCACGGAGGAAGUGGUGGCACUCCUCUGGGCCAGCAGAGGGCUGCCGUUGUGGCGGCGGCGCGGUCAGAGUGGAGCAGUUCGGACCGGGACAGCGGUGAGUGGGACGUCACAAUAGGCAAAAACAACUGCAUCAGUCUCACGCCCCGCUCCAAGAAGCGCACCCUUCAAACGGAGGAACUGCUUCCUAAACCGGUGCCGCCGCUCGUCCCCUCUUCGUCUGCUGCCUCCGCUCUGUCGGCUUCACACUCCACCUCCUCCCCAAGCCAGCACAUUUCCACGUCCACCAUCACUGUGAGUUACCAGCCGAUGUAUAACGGGACAAUCUCGCAGGCGGACGGUUGUUCGGACAGCCGGGAUAGAGGACUAGAAGUGAAAAAAGUCAAAAGAGACUUGGGGGAGCAGCAGUUCUUGGAUGAGAACGCCAACCAGAACGGUUCUCCCAUCUCUUACUCCUCCCACAGUCACGCCGCCGUCCCCCAGUCGAUUUUCAGCUACAGGAACAGCAGCGACGUGAAAUCUCUACAGCUUCCUGCCCCCGAUACCAAACCGCUGGCCAUCUCAGGGCAGCACAGCAUAUCCUCAGAUCUCCCAGAAACCAACCAACAAUUGCAACAAUCUGUGGAGCGGCUCAUCGAAGAACUGCUGGAACAGGCGCCGGACGACCCCCAGCAGCUCCCCGGAGACGCCAACGGUCAGGGCAUCAGCAUCGAGGCCUUCACCCAGGAGCUGCGGGAGCUGGAGGACCGGGUGAAGGAGCGAAGCCAAGCCGCCUCCCUGCAGUCUGACGCCGCUGCAGAAUCGCUGUCCGCCGAGCAACAGGAGGACGAACAGCUUUCCACCGCUCUGAACGCAAAACUGACUGGUGAUGUCAAAGGGGAGGGGUCCGAGGUGGGAGUCUGCAGUCCUGCUAGACCGCUUAACCAGCCUGCCUCGCAGCCAUACACUGGCCCAUUCAUGGUGGUUCUGUUUGCCAAGCUGGAGAACAUGCUCCAAAACUCGCUGUACGUCAACAUCCUGCUCACUGGCAUCGUAGCCCAGUUGGCCUGUUAUCCUCAGCCCCUCCUACGCUCCUUCCUGCUCAACACCAACAUGGUCUUCCAGCCCAGCGUCAAGUCGCUGAUCCAGGUUUUAGGUUCUGUGAAGAACCGCAUUGAGGCUUUUGCAGCUUCUCACGAAGACUUCCCUGCCAUGCUGAGGAAAGCCCAGCAGUACCUGGUGGCUCGAGGGAAAGUGGACUGGACCGACAUGGCUGCUGCAGUUCCCCCACUGCGGCGCUCUGAUUCACUAGUAAAAAGCCGAAAGCCGUCGCUUGGAGACCUGAUCCUCCGACACACCAACAGCCCCACGCGGGCUCGGCACGCCGCUCAGCUGGCGCUCGCUCACGUCCGGGACGGCGGCCAAUCGCUGCACAGCGCCUUGUUCCGGGGUGGCAGCGGCUCGUCCGGGCUGGAGAAGCAAGCCGAGGCGCUGCGGGUGAAAAACGCCGUCUACUGCGCCGUCAUUUUCUGCGAGUUCCUCAAAGAGCUGGCAGCCAUGGCUCAAGAGCACGCCGUCACUUUACCUUUCCCUCGGAGCCAGAAGGCCGAGGAGUAGAUUGGUAAACACAAACCCUUUGAAACGUGACUCCUGGAUUUUCUCGUCUUUAUUUUUUAUUCAUUUGAAGCUGCAAAACGUAUUUCUCCCUUCACCAGACUUGCGCACUGAGACUUUCUGUCACUGAAAUAUUAGUCUGCAAUGGUGCAGACAGAAAAACAGGAGGAAAACGGUGGCAUUUUUCUACCAAAAUUAGCAUAGGAAACCUAAAGGACUGGAAUUGUUGUUUUAACAGAAGAGCUUGUGCAUAUCAUGGGUUAUAUUUACAUUCUGUGCACAUUAAGUCUCGCUAAACACUUGAGAUUUGGGAGCUUGUAAAUAAACCCACCACGGCGUGGUAUCGUAAAGGAAGUAGGUGCACAUACUGGUGCUAGUUCACACUCCUUAUGUUUUCGUUAGGAAGCGUGCUCUCAGGUAGCACAGACAACAAGACGGAAACAGAACACCAAAUAUUUCUUGGCGGGAAAACAUUGAAAGUAUAAAUAUAUAUAUAUUAAAAAAAAAAAAAAUCAAUAUUUGUACAUCAAGCCCGUCUUAGCUUUCAUCAGAGCGUUUAAUCUUCUGUGUAGGACCUGGUCAAGGAAAGACCAGGUCAGACUUGGUGACAUCAUCAGAGUUAAUUGUUUUGAAACGACAGCUAAAAACUGGUGGAAAAAAAAGAGGGGGAGUUUUUCUUUUUCUUUCUGUAAAGGAAUUACAGAACGUCCUGGAAAGUGUUAGGUAAUUAAAUGCCAUUUUUAUGUAUGAUUUAUUUUUUUUCUUUUAAUUUGCACCAUUUACUUGACAUAUCAGCAGCAUGUGGGUGUAGGCAUGUGCCAUUGUGUAAGUUUAUUUUUUGAUGAAUGACUCCUUUCCAAAGGUGACGCCAGCUCUUCAGGCCAUUACUGACUCAUCAGUCCGUCGCCAUAAAGCAGCCGGGGACAGAAAAGACCGCACUGUGUGAAGUCGCUUUUUUAUUUUGUUUUAUUUUUUUGUUAUUUUAAGAGUUUUAAAUUGACUUGCAAUUAGUUAAAAAAAAUCCCUUGAGGCAUUCACUCUUCUCAGUUCUUUGUUUUUAAUAAGUGAGCGACAAAUUAAGGGUUCAAGAAGCCAUCUAUUCAGUUUUUAACAGUUUUGCUUAGUGUCUUGAUAAAAGGCCAGACUGAACGUUUUUGUCUCAUAAAUUAACAUGCUGCUAUAUAUGUUUUUUUUGUUUGUUUGUUUGUUUUAAACACUAACAUUGAUUUAAUUAGUGUCAUAGCCACUGUUUCUUCAGUUUGUUGGUAGGUACCAGAUCUAAACGUGUGUGUGAGGAAGCCAGUUCUGAUCAGCGUUUUUUUUUUGUUUUGUUUGCUUUGUUUUUUUUUUUUCUUAUAGCAUCGAAGGUUGAACUAAGUUGCAGUUCAGUGUUGGAAGCUUUUGCCAAGUUCUCCCUUCAUUUACUUGACGGUUUAUUUUCUGCACUUUUAUUAUAGAGAUGCAGCGAUCUGAAUUUUGGGGCUGAUUUCUCAUCUCUGGAUUUUGUGGAGUCUGUCAUAUCAGUUUUGUCUCUUGCGGAUCAGUUUUGAUAGACAAAAAAAAAGACAAGUAUGAUUUGAAAUAUUUUCUCAAUCCUUCUAAUAUAAUUAGCUGCAUAAGGUGGAGAGGUGACUGUGUGACAGAGCAGAUGCUGUAAAGGCGCUUUAAAAACGUCUUUUCUAUCUUUUUAUUAACAAUUAUUACAGUUAGCAUGCUAGCAGCGCUACAGCUGCAGUCUGCAGUGUUUAAUUGCAUAUGUAUGUAGAUUCUUAGAAACUCUGAGAUUUCUAAAACUCUUCAUUUGAUUGCGGUUGAAGGCUCAAAUGGAUAAAAGCUUGUUUUCGCCAUGACGUUUUUCGCUUUAAGUCUUGCUCUCUCUGCUGCAGCCCUAGUUAGCUAGCUAAUAGCUUCUUACAUCUUUCUACUUCCCAGCUUUACUCUAUACUGAAAAUGUCUAGCUUUCAGUUAAAAAAAAAAACCCAAAACGUUUCUAAUUGGCUGGUGACUUUUUGGGAACUAUCGAGCUGAAAAUUCUCGUUGCAUCUCUAUUUUAAACGAUGGAGAACCUCUCGAGAACAGAUUGAUACGAUCACUUCUUCUCGUCUUUUUACUGUGGGACGCGUUUCUUUGCACAUACCAGCUUUCUCUCUUUCUCCAAACUCCGAGCAGCAGAGAAAAACUGCCUGUUAAGUCUUUUUCUCUGAAAUCAAAUUUUUUUUGUUGACAUUUUCAUCUCUCCUACCUUUAAGAAAGGAAAGAAGAAAAAAAAGGCUUUUUCAUCUUGUUAAAGCCAUAUCUUUUAUUACAUUUGUACGCCACUUUUCUACUGACUUUCUAGACCCAUUUCAUACCAGCCCGCAGUUUUUUAUUGAAAAGGGUUUCUGCAUGCCGGUUCAGGCCAGGUUUAAUGAAAUGUAAGUUUAAUCGUGUUUCGUGCAGCACUGAUGAGCUUCUGUCACAGACGUCGUCCCCUUUACCUGCAGGAGUGUGUGGAGACGAGCAGGUCCUCCACUGAAUGUUUCUCUUUACAUGUAAAGUUUUCCCACUGCCAUCCAUCGCCUCGCUCCUCGGUGGCCUCGUCAGGUUCCUCAUUUUAAACUCGAGAUUUUAUCUUUUUAAUUUUUUACCAUUUGGAUCCGAUUUUAGACACGAUCGUAAAGGGUCUUGUUGGAUUCAGGCCGUAGUUUCUCGCUUCUCGAGCGAUUCCAGUCACUGGCCUUCCUUCUCUUUGAUGCAUUCAUGGACACCAAAUACAAUCGCCUGAAAAAACCCUCAGCUCCCACAUCUACCCUCAGUAAUCAUCCAUCCAUACUUUAACCUCGUUUUUUUUUUUUUUUUUAGAAAGUGCCAACUUUUAUUUUGAGGUUUGACAUUAACAACCAGGCUUGUAUGAUUUUUUUUUUAUCUUCUUUUGUUAUAAUUCGAGUUACCUUCGUGAACUUUGUAUACACUCCCUGAGUCACUUCCCACUUUUUUUUAAACAUAUAACUUUCUCAUUUGAACACAUUAUAAAAGACGUGAACAUAGAAGGAGGUAUUUGAUGAGCGAACAUGUCCUUCCAGGGGCUUUAAUGUCUUCCCGAUCUGUAAACACACCUUUGUUCAGCACAGCGCGUCUGUCUAAUAAUAAACGACAAAAUAAAGCAAAACAAAAAAAAAAAAAUUAAGAAACAAGAUAUGACGAAUUCAAUCAAAGCUUCUUUGUCCUUGAAAGAAGGACAAAGACAUUUAUGUUAAUGUUUAAAUUAACAUAAAAAGUUAAUUUAUGUUGACUUUUUUCCGUCAAAUUCAGACAUCAAAGAUUAAGAAAAAAAAAAAGCUUUAUGUUUAUUUUAUUGUCUGUUUUCUCUUUUGACUACCUGACAAAAAUAGUGAUGAUUGGUGAACCUACAGCUGGCAAUCAGCACAUUAUGCACAUUAUAUACACUACAGUUGAUCUGACAUUCAUCAAAAUUUAAUUUACUCUCAGAUUUUUGCCAAAAUUCAGAACGUUUUGCAUCUCGCCUUCUCUGCAAACACAAGUUUUGUUUUCUAGCUUCACUUUCCUUCAGAUUGUUCUUUUGUCCUGGAUGAAAAAUGUAACUGAAACACAUUUGUUUCAUGGUGUGUUAUUAUGAUGCAGUGUUUUGUUUAUUUUCCCCCCCAUAAUCGGAUGUUUAAGCUCUUUCUGUAUCUUUUUUUUUUUUUUUUUCUCUCCAACUUUUCAUCUCCUGUGCAAUCUAUGCAACACACACUCUGGUAUCCCUGCCCUGGAGCUGAAUGAAGAUGUGGAUUGAUUUUAACUUGUAAAUACUGUUUAAAAAAAAAAAGAAAUAGAAGAGAUCAAUCAAGUCGGUCGGUCUAAGUGAGAUGUGUGGAAUAAGCGGCAGAAUGGAAACGGUUUCCAAAUGUAACGAUGAAUGUUGUCGUAAAUAUUUUUUUAUAUUUUGAAAUCGCUAGGAGGAAGAAAAAGAAAAAACUGACAAAAAAAAAUCAUAGUGGGAAAGCUGUCAGAAGAACACUACAAAGGGAAGUUUUUAUUAAUUUAUAAAUUCAUUGCUUAGCAAGAUCACAUUUGUCUUGGUGUCAUUUUUUUUUUGUUGCCUUUUGAAAUAAAUUAUUCUUUAAUGCAAACAUGUAUAUCUAACAUUAAUCAUCACAGAUGUAUUAUUAUUUUUUGCCACAACUGCAGCAGAAUGAGAGUUGGUUGGACCUGACCAGUCACAGCCGGCCAGACCUGGAGGUUCUGGAAAUGGGUUCAGACUGUCCAGCUUCUGCUUUGACAGGAACUCAUAAAUAUGUGGGAGCUAUUUAGGACUUUAAAUACGUAAUGUCUUCCUCUGAGAGCCUUUGCCACGAUAUGCACAGAAUCAGCCUUAAAAA